AUGCAAUUACCACCUCCCGCAUUCGGAUCACCCUCGGCCACAGCUCGGGGUGCUCCAAACCUCAUCUUCCUCAUUGAUUCUAAACAAUGUGAAUCAGAAGAGUCUGCAAGGACACUACGAUUCGUCAUUCUAAAAACCCUACUCUUCUUUUAUUUACGAGUCGACUCGAGGAUAUCUUGGGGCUUCCAGAUAUUCGAUCAACAGGAAGGUGCAUCAUUCGCUCCUGCCAAAAAGUCAGACUCGAAAAGGAGCCGUGAUCUGAGACCUUCUGCUUUGGCGAUGCUGGAUAAUGCUAUUCAGGUGGCAAUGAAUAGAGCAGCAGAUACAGCAAAGGAUGAUCUACCACCAGCGUUGCUCGUCGCUCCACCCGUCGAGAAUAUGAACAUGGUUUUACGUAAAGCUCUAGUAGAUUUCGGAUGGUCCUUUACUCCACAAUCAGGCUUCUUCCAGUCUCCUGCACGACCCGCUGGACGGCGUGCAACGAGUCUGAAUGCACCUGUACGAAUACGCAACUAUCUGUUUCUCGUAUCCGCAGCGCCCAAAUCAGUCGCAGAACUACGUCAGUUUGUUGAAGGAGAUAGUUUUAUAGAACCUCAAGUAGGUGCCACGACAUCAUUUGUAAACGUAUUAGAAACAUCUGAAGCUGCUGAACCAUACCUCGACACCAUCCAAACUGCCUUCCUUGGGAAUGGCUUGCUGGACGGAUAUCUAGAUAAACGAACUGCAAUCAAUUGGAUUGAUCCCCAAUUCUUGGAUACAACGUCAUUGAACGAGACUGUCGUCCCUUAUAUACGUCAUUCUUUAUGUGCCAUUCUACGGGCUUAUGGAGGAUCGUUGAUAUCAGCCAAUCACUUUCUGAAUGAUGCAACGCUAGCUCCCUUCUCUGUUGCAUUUGCCUCGUAUCGUCCCAAAACAGCCCAUCCAAGUAUAGGUAGAACCUUACUGAAGGAUUCUACAAUUGUAAGAAAGGAAAUCUUGGGCAAGUUGGGAGGUAGAGGGCCUACUACUAAAAACGUGACGUUAUGGAGUGGUACUCUGACAUACGCGAAUGAUCAAACGUAUUCCUUUCAACUGCUUUCUAUGACUGUAGAUCAAGCAGCACAAGCCCGUCUCAAGGCCAGGAACUCUUCAGGUAGUUUAGAAGAGGAAGAUCCGUUUCGAGAUGGAUCAAAACCACUUCCUGGAUCAAAACCACCUCCAGUUGAAACUCCAUUUGAACCCAACUCCGCAAUGGCCAUCAAGGAAACCGUCCGUCUUGCCGGUGUCAAACGAUUCUGGUUAGAAUCAGCAGCAUACGUGGUCAUACCACAAACGAGUAGCACUGUCGACUCUUCCAAUCAGUUAUCCGCCUUCCUCGAGAGCCUGCUCCUAGCUCAACUAGGUGUGAUUGUUGAAAUCAGCUAUGGAGUUCCUACUUACGAGCCACGAAUAGCUAUACUUGCUGGACUAUCUCCUGGCAUUGGCUGUUUUCAUCCAGUCAAGCAAGACUUUGUUGAUACCCUAAUGAAGAUGCAGCCAGCUGAAAAGGACACAAUUGACUGGGAUAUAGUGGAUGCGUGGUAUGGGGAAGGUCUGGAUACUUCUUUGAUGGACUAUUUCUUCAACUCGAAUGGCUCCGUUGAUGAAGGUAUCAAUGCUGCAGACCUCGUCAAAACCAGUCUUGGAGUAUGGGACAUGGAUGCAAAACUGAAUCCCUCGACUGUGGAAUCUGUUGUAGAUGCUUCGACUGAGCGAGCAGAGGUGACUCCCGCUGAAGUUACCGACGAAAUCAAUGUCGUGUCUGUACCAUCUUCAUACACGUCGAUUGACGAAGCACUGAAUGAUCUAAGGCAUCAUUGUAUAAUGGCGCUUUAUGAACCAGAGAAGAUGCCUCUUCUUACGCUUCUUGGAGUUGACGGACUGCAUCGAGCAAUGCAAUAUAUUCAUGAAAAUUCCGAUGAAUCGGAAGAGCCUUUUACCCUCAUCUGGAACUUUUUCGCAUCAACCCUUCUGAUCCCCAUACCGAAAUUUGAAGACAAGUGUCGUGUAUUCUGUAAAGCCUUUGCCAAUUCCGUCAAAGAAGGGUGUCUCUUCUUGCAAAAUGAAGGCAUGAUUCCUGACAAAAUUGAGUCAGAAGCACUCGAAUCAUGGAUGACUCAGUGGGAGAAUCUUAGCAGGACUACUCGUCGUAGUGACGAAGAAGGCGUGUUUGAUCGUAAGGCUGUAAUACGAGAUGCUAUGAAUGAGUUGCGAAUGACCGAGGCUCAAUUGCAGAUUGUGUUGAUUCUGGAGAUGUUACGUCUUUCCCUGUAUACGACUGUGUCUCUUCCCCAAUUGUCUCUGGUAGCACCUGCUCCCAAACCUCUAGAUAACCGGAGCGCUGUAAUGGGCUCUCGUAAACGCAAAUCAGCAGAAGGACAGCAGCCAACAACGCCAUCUAAGCGUCGUAAACAUUCGAAUGGCAAGGGCAAAGAAGCAGAGGUAGAAUCGCCAUCCGAGCACCUGAAGCAUGCUGCUGAAGAAUGGAUGGAUCGUCUAUGUAUUUGGGGUUCGGUUGCUGGUAUAGAAGAGGAAGUUACAGAUUCGUCGUCUGGAGUUUCUGGAUUUGCAGCUGGUAUUAUCAAGAUGAUGUAUCAAUCACAACUUCCAGAUCUAGUGAAUUCUCUGUUGCUCAAAUCUGGUGCUGCUACUGAUAUGGCCGCCGCAUCUCCAGCAGCACCACAACCAUUCAGUCCGUCGAAACAGGUGUCACGACUUCCUUCGAAACUGUGGAAACAACCAUUGUCAGCUGCUCAAACCAGUGAUAAGCCACCAGGAGUCAUGUCAGAAACUGGCUAUCCUUCCAGUCGUUUAUCGCAAAAUGGUGGUUCUCUUACGAGCUCUGCCAGUGAAUCGAAAGGAGGUGGUACGAAUAGCCGUAAAAAGCAAUAUGAUUCCAAGCUUUUGAAGCUCAUCCAACAACGAGAAGUCAAGUUGCCAAAACCUAGUAAAUCGAAAGCCGCAGCUGCUGAAGCAUUGAAGCAAAGUUGGGUUGGAAAGGCACCCUCCAAACGGCUGGAUCCAAAGGCUGCUGAAGCAAGUAAGGCUAAUCGAGGCAAAAUACGUAAGGAGAUGGAGGUUGGAGCACGUAUUCGGAAUGGAAAUCGAGAUAAGAAUACUGUUGUAUUCUCACCUCUUCGAGCGAGCCAGACAACCGCAGCAACGACUAGAAUGCCAACCAGAAUGCUCAAAACACCAACAGGAUCAGCAUCCCGAGUACCACUCAACCCAUUCCUUGAUGCUGAAACAAUAAUGCAGCAUGUACCCUCUCCACCAAAAGCACCAAUAUUUGCCAAGGCCCCACUGCAACAACGAGCCAAGGCAGUAGGUGGUAUGGUUGGUGGAUCUGCUUCGGGAGUGAAGAGACAAAUCAUGGUCCCCCCUACACCUGACAAAUCAGGUAUAGAAAUCACCAUUGACCACGACUUCGUAGAAGAUACGCCAGUGAAGAAGCUUCGACCUUAG